AUGGACUGGCAUGGCUUGAAGGAAAAUCAGGGAAUUCUUGACCAAGUGUGGAACCAAGGUUACAAACGACGAACCAUAGGUCGACCUAUAGGCCGUCCUGCAGGUCCAUCAAAUGAUUCAGAGAAAGGGGUUCUAAUACCUGAUUUCGAAAGUUUAAGUAUGGAGCUAUGGAGGAGGAUCCAGGGACCGUGGAUCGACUCAAAAGCCAAAGUACGGUUGAGCAAUCGACAUGAUAUAUUUGCUCACAUUCCAGGCGAAGGUCAUAAUUUGCAGGAACAUUCUAUGGUCUUAAUAAGAGGAGGUAGAGUGAAAGAUUCGCCAGGUGUGAAAUUCUAUUGUAUUCGAGGAGUCAAGGAUUUGCUGGGAAUUCAGGAUCGAAGAAGAGGCGGAUCAAAAUAUGGUGCGAAAACUAAACUAGAUAUGAAUGGAAGAUGCCUCUGGAACGGAAAAAAAUAA